AUGCCCAUCUGGUUCACAGGUACGACCAACGAGGAGCGGGAGUCCUUCAGAGAGCACUACACCUCGAAGGGCUUCACCGAUACCUUUGCCCACAUGCACCCACAUGCUACAGGUUGUUUCUCUUAUUGGUCUGUUCGAGCUCGUGACAAGCCGAGGAACAGGGGUCUGAGAUUGGACUAUGUUAUCUCAGCACCAGGCUUCCCCAUAGAUAGAAUUGAGGAUGCGUUCAUUCUCGAGGACUUUGCUCCUCAUGGUAACCAUUGCCCAGUUGGUGUCACUUUCGAGCGGCCACUGAAACGGCAGUAG